CGUGGGGCGGACCCUCCCAAGCCUCCAUCUUCCUCGUUCUCUCCGCCCCUCUCUUCCCCUCUCUUUAUACUCCGCCUCCCCAGCCCCCCCACCUCUCGUCCCCCAUUGCCGCUGCUGCAGCACUGCGUCAGCGCCACACGGGCAAGCGGAAGCAGGAGGGAGAGCAGCUCAGAGUGAGGGAGAGGAGAUGGCGGCCGCGUCCUUCACCGCCGCCAAGUUCCUGGCGCCGGUGGCCGCGAGAUCCGGCGGGGACAAGGCCCCCUCCUUCCCCGCCGCGGCGGCAGCCUCCAUGAGGCCGCUCCGCCGCAGGCCGGCGCCGCGCCUGAGCUCCGUCCUGGCCGUCUCCUCCGACGUGCUCGCCGGGAACAAGGCCGCGCCCGCCGCCGCCGCGCACCCGGCAGUGACACGGGAAGAGGCAUUAGAGCUGUACGAAGACAUGGUUCUGGGUCGUAACUUUGAGGACAUGUGUGCGCAAAUGUACUACCGAGGCAAGAUGUUUGGUUUUGUUCAUCUUUACAAUGGCCAGGAGGCUGUAUCCACUGGCUUCAUCAAGCUGCUCAACCAACCUGACUGUGUUGUUAGCACAUAUCGUGACCAUGUCCACGCACUGUCCAAGGGUGUCCCAGCCCGUUCUGUCAUGGCUGAGCUCUUUGGCAAGGCCACUGGAUGCUGCCGCGGACAGGGUGGUUCCAUGCACAUGUUCUCUGAACCCCACAACCUCCUUGGAGGUUUUGCCUUCAUUGGAGAAGGCAUUCCUGUUGCCACUGGUGCUGCCUUUGCUGCUAAGUACCGCCAUGAGGUGCUCAAGCAGUCUGGCCCUGAUGGGCUUGAUGUCACACUUGCCUUCUUCGGAGAUGGUACCUGUAACAACGGCCAAUUCUUUGAGUGCCUGAACAUGGCUCAGCUGUGGAAGCUUCCUAUUGUGUUUGUUGUGGAGAACAACUUAUGGGCAAUUGGUAUGUCGCACCUGAGGGCUACCUCAGAUCCAGAGAUCUGGAAGAAGGGCCCGGCAUUUGGAAUGCCCGGGGUGCAUGUCGAUGGGAUGGAUGUCCUGAAGGUUAGGGAGGUGGCUAAGGAGGCAAUUGACAGGGCAAGGAGAGGUGAAGGACCAACUCUAGUGGAAUGUGAAACUUACCGGUUCAGAGGUCACUCUCUUGCUGAUCCAGAUGAACUCAGGAGGCCUGAUGAGAAAUCUCAUUACGCUGCAAGGGAUCCCAUCACAUCCUUGAAGAAGUACAUCAUCGAGCAGAACCUUGCAUCCGAAGCCGAGCUGAAGAGCAUUGAGAAGAAGAUCGACGACGUUGUUGAGGAGGCCGUGGAGUUUGCCGAUGCAAGCCCUCUCCCUCCACGGAGCCAGCUUCUGGAGAACGUGUUUGCCGAUCCCAAGGGCUUCGGUAUCGGCCCCGACGGCAAGUACAGGUGUGAGGACCCCAAGUUCACGCAAGGCACAGCACAGGUCUAAGGCUCCCGCUGAAGCAACUGAUCAGUCCUUUUCACCUUGCCGCUUGUACUACCCACACCUCUCUAGCUACCCUGUCCCUAGUUUUGUUGAGCCCAUCGUCAGUCAGUCGGUCGGUCUUGUUACGCAUGCUGUAAACACAAGUCGGUCUUCAUUUCUUUGUUGUUAGAGGCCCAAUACUUUACUGUGUAAUUCGUUGCUUUGCGCACUUCUCUAAGCUGCCACAUUUUGUUCAAAAAUUGUUCUUUUUUACCCAGAUCUGAUAUGAAGCCUGGACAGAGCUGUAGCGGCAGUUCCUAUUGUAGAACAACAUUUAUAUAUUGGAGGAAUGUGAAACAUAUAUAUAUCUGUUGAAAAA